AUGGAGCUGCGCACCACGGCAGCGACGCCGGCCAGAAUCACUCCUCAGGGUGCAGGCGGAAUACCGCCUCGCCACACCUCAGCCGGCGGCAUCCCGCCCCGAGCCACCGCCACGCGGCUGCCGGCCCCGCCCCGCCGCCAAGCGAAGCGAGCACACGCCUACCCGGUCGCUGCCCGGCAACUCGGCCACCGCAGGAGAAGGGAACCGGAGAAGAGGAGGAGGCCGCGGCGCCGACAGCUGUUAACCGUCAGACCAACGCCGAGACCCCUACCCGCGGCCGACCCCUCAUCCGACGCACACGCGGGUCAGCGGCCGCCCCGCCCCUUCCGGGUGCGGCGGCCAAUGGAGAAGCAGGGCGGUGUCACGCGGCGGCGGGCGCUGAGGGCGGGAGGGCCUGAGGGAGAGGCAGGGUUGGGCUGGGCUGGACUGGACUGGACUGGACUGGGUGCGGGCUGCGGUGUAAGAAAACACACCAGAUACAGAAGCAUUCCUGAAAUUCCUGGGAUUGGUUCCACACAAGGACUCCCAGUCCUGCAAGAGGACUGCACAGGAACAUAUUUUACCUUUAGCCUGAUCCAUCGGCUGCUGAAGUCAGUGGAAGAGCUCCUAGUGAUUUGAGCACAUAAUCAUGAGGUAUUCAUAAAACAAGAACUUUACAGUCUGAGUCUGUUGCAGUCCUUCUUUUCCAUAGUUUUGGUUCUAUUUAUUUGUGUGUAUGUUGAUGUAUGCUAUUGAUGUAUCUAGAAUAUCAGUGUUGAAUCCAGAUGAAAAUGACUGGAUUUCAGAGUAGAAAAGCCCAAAUUUUUGUGUGAGUCAGUCAUGGAGAAAAAUGCA